GGCCGGGCCGGACCCCCGCACCGCCCCCGCUACCUGCGGGCGGGGGCGCGCAGGGGCGGGCGCUGGGGAAAGUUUGUCUCUGUGGUUGGCUGCGCCGCGCGGCGCGGCUGGUCGGGGCGGGCGGGCGGCUCCGUGUGCUCGCAGGGCAGCGGGAGGCGAGCAAGCGGCCGGCCGGCCGAGGACCGCGCUGCCGCCGGCUCCAGGGUGAGGCGAGUGUGUGCGCUGACGAUCCGCCUCGCGUAGGGAGAGGCACCCGUGCAGCCCUGCCAGCAUGGGGCACCGCGGGGAGAGGACGUCCUGCCUGCCUCUCCUCCUCCUCCUCCUGCUCGCUUUCUGCAGAGGGCGUGUUGUGAGAGUGCCCAAAGGUCCUCUUAUUCGAGUCAUGGGCACAGAGGUGGCGAUCCCUUGCAGUGUUAGCGACUAUGAUGGACCCAGUGAACAGAACUUUGACUGGGAGUUCUCCCGGGACACUGACUUUGUGCGGAUAGUGAGUACCUGGGAUCCUACAUUCACCUCUGAGGAGUACCAAAAACGCGUGGGCCACGGGGAUGUCAAACUGAGACGGAGCAGCAACGAUGCUGUGGAACUUGUGAUUAGAAACAUCCAGCCAACUGACCAAGGGAGAUACAAAUGCUCCACACCCAGCACUGAUGCCACCGUUCAGGGAAAUUAUGAUGCAGAGGUCCAAGUGAAAGUGAUUUCUGAUGGCUUAUCAGUGAGUGGUUCAAAAGCACGUUCCUCAACGUCUCUUAGGCUGUCUGAGGGUGACUCCUUCAAGUUGCGCUGCUCAGCAAUUACCACCUCACCGGAGCACACUCACCUGCAUGUGACUUGGCAAAUCAAAAGUGGAUCAACUUGGCGGGACAUCCUAUCUUUGACUCAUGAGGGCAAAUUCCAGCCGGGUCCUGGCUAUGAAGAACGCUACCGUAAUGGAGAUAUCCGCUUGGACACAGGAGCGAAUGACACGUAUCGGUUAUCUGUAUCCCAGGCCUCGUCAGUGGAUGGGGGUUCCUACAGGUGUCUUGUGAGUGAAUGGGUGAGAGGGGCAGAUAGCUCAUGGCAGAAGAUUCAGGAGAAGAACGUGGAGAUAGCAAGUGUGGCAAUCCAACGGACUGCUCUAGAUGUGGUCAUCUCAACAAGCAAUGUGUCUGUGACUGAAAGAGACUCCCUGGAUCUUACAUGCAACAUCACAACAGAUAGGAGUGGUAUUUUCCAAGCUGAGGUGAUGUGGUAUUUUUCUGUGUCGCCUGAUGAUACCUUGUCAGAUGCUCAGGUUUUGCUGAGCAUGGACCGUGAUUCUGUUGUCAGUGAUUCAACUCUCAUCAGCCUGAGCCACGUAGAUAGGAAUUCCUAUCGCCUAUUGGUACGUGAUGUGGAUGUGGAAGACUCUGGCUACUACUUCUGCCAAGCAGCUGUCUGGGUACCACUGCACAAUGGGAGCUGGCAUAAGGUGGUAGAGAGGACAUCUGCACCAGUCAGUGUGAUGGUGACAGCAUUAGAGCCAGACUAUGAGGUAUUUUUGAAUGCCUCUAAAACACCCAAGUUUUCAGAUGACCCCACAGAGCUCAAUUGCAGGAUCACAAAUGCACAGGACACUGAAGCAAACAUCCGCUUCACCGUUUCCUGGUACUACAGGCAGCACCUGUAUGGUGAUGAUGUGGUGACAGAGGAGCUCCUGGCCACAAUGGAUGCAGACUGGACUCUGCUGCUUGGGGACAGGAGCAGAGAACGGACUCAGAACGGGGAAAUAAUCUUCUCUAAAAAGACUGUUGACACCUUCAGUUUACGAAUCCAGUGGACUUCAGAAAGUGACAGAGGGGAUUAUUUCUGUGUCAUCUCUGCAUGGAGUAGGCACCGCAACAACACUUGGGUAAAGAGCAAAGAUGUGACUUCUGCAUCUGUCAGCAUUUUCUGGUCUACACAAGAUUACACGCUCACAGUGGAGGCGGUGAAAUUGAAGCCAUUCUUUGUAGCAGGCCAUACCUUUGAGAUGACAUGCAAAGUGUCUUCUAAAAACAUCAAGACGCCACGCUAUUCUGUCCUCAUUACAGCUGAGAAGCCACUAACGGAUCAGUCAAAUCCAAAUGGAACCACUCGCAUAAUCUCCUUGAACCAAGAUUCAGUAGUUCGGCUGGAAGACUGGACGGAUCAGACUCGUGUGGAUGGCGUGGUUCUGGAGAAGGUCCAGGAGAAUGAGUUCCGCUACAGGAUGUAUCAGACCCAGAUUUCUGAUGCUGGGCUGUAUCGCUGUGUGGUGACUGCCUGGUCUCCAGGUGGUGGUGGCAUGUGGCGUGAAGCAGUGAAUGGCUUAUCCAACCCAAUCCAGAUAGACUUCCAGACGUCAGGUCCUGUGUUUAAUGUCUCGGUGCAUUCUGACAACCCAACGAUUUACCAGGGUGAACUGGCAGAUUUGCUGUGUAUCGUCACAAUGGAAGGAAUGGCACUUGAGCCAGAUGAUAUGUCCUUUGAUGUCUCCUGGUUUGCUGUGCGCUCCUUUGCGUUGGACAGAGAGCCCGUCUUGCUGGCAUCACUGGACCGGAGAGGGAUUGUGACACAGAGCAGGAGAAACGGGAGCAGUGAUCUCAGCCUGGAGAGAAUCAGCCCCCUGGAAUUCCGGCUUCGCGUGCAUGGCUGUGAAGACCAUGACUUUGGGAACCACUACUGCAUAGUGACCCCAUGGGUGCAAUCUGCCACUGGUGUAUGGCAGCGGGAACCUGACAUCAAAGCCAAACCCAUCUUUCUGUCUGUGAAAAUGGAUGUUCUGAAUGCUUUCAAGUAUCCCCUUCUGAUUGGCAUCGGUCUGGCCACUGCCAUUGGACUUUUAUCCUGCCUCAUUGGCUACUGCAGUUCUCGUUGGUGCUGCAAGAAGGAAGUGCAGGAAACAAGACGAGAACGUCGUCGGCUAAUGUCAAUGGAGAUGGACUGAGCGUGGGAGCCGGACACAUUUGCAUUUUGGGAGAGACUCACAGGGCUCUUGGACUGUGCUGAGACACUCGCUCACAGGCCCAGACAAGACAGUGUGUUUCCUCUCUGAUUUCAGCCUGGACCUCAAGCUUCUCCUUGUUACACAUAAUGUCCUGAAAGCAUUCAGGCCAUAUUUAGCAACUUGGAGUUCUCCUUUUCCAGCAGCACUUUCUGCAUAGGGAUCAUGUCCUUUUAAUGUGCAAACUGUUGAGCCUUCUUUCAGCAGGGCCCUGUGACAAAAUUCACUAAGUGGUUUUUUUUUGUUUUUGUUGGGGGUUCCCUUGACCCCCCUGAUUUUGAAAAGAUGUCCCUGUAUGAAAGCAUGAUGGGUGGAAAAGGGGUUGGUAGAAGUGUUAGACUUCAUUGUAUUAACCAAUCUACUUUUCCCCUGUACCCCCAUCGUACCAUGUGCUUCCCUUUCUCUGUCCACCUUGAUAUCUCUCAGACUUCUCUGUGUUGGGUUGAAGGCUGGAGAAGGUUCCUCUGCCGGUGCCUCAUGAGGCUAUUCAAGCAAAGAAUUGGUUUAUGGCUGUCAGCAUGCAUUUUUCCCUGGCUUUCAAAGGGUUUGCAGUUAACCCCACAAUAGAAACUUGCCUGGAGGUCUUUGAGACACAUUUUUUUAAACUUUUGGUUUUUUAUUUUAUUUUCGGUGCUCAAAGCUCUUAGCUGUGGUGAAUAGGGGCUAACUUGGCAACCCUGAAGAAUCAAUCCUUAGACAAGCAUUUGUUGGAUGUCUGCUUAUGGCCACCUUCUCCCCACCCUUCCACCUUCUUUUCUCCCCACUACAGCUGCUGACGUUGUGCCUGAGACCCUGUUCUGCUUGUGGCAGGGGGGCACAUGUUGUCUAGGGACAAGGCCCAGCAUUCUGCUGGCCCUGGCAUAGGGGUGGGAGACCUUGCCCCACUGAUGAUGGUAUGACUUGAGGAAAAAAAAAAAAAAUUUGAGAUGAAUCUUUCUCUGCAGUUGGCCAACCGAUCAUGUUUAGGGAGACUUGUAAACCAUGUAUUACCAAAUGCACAGACCAGACUCCGAUGCUGCUUCUGCCAGUCACUCAGUGGUAACCCUUGAACCCGUGAGCAGAGUUUGAGAUCUGCAGCAGCUGAAGGCAGCUCAGGGUAGGAAUAGGAGCAGGCCCAAGAGGGCAGCAAGAAUCCUUCAGGUUCCAAUGGUCUUGGUCUUGUGCAUGGGCCUGCAGCAGGGCUUUCCCCAUGGGUUUGAGACCUAUUCCUAGGUCCUUUAGUAUAGAAAUCCUGCUUUGGUCUUCCACAUACACUGACCUGGCUCUUAAGUGGGAGCAGCUCCUUUUCCAGGCAGUUCUGUCUUCCCAGCACAGCUGGUGUUUUAAGCAAUAAAAGUCAGAAUAAAGAUACUGUGUAUAAACAAACAAGGAAGUAGGACUGUACCGUAAUCUGAUAUCACAGCCAGGGUUUGGCUUGCAUCAAGAAGGGUGAAAAUGCAGAGUUGAGGCCAUGGCUCAAUCCUUUCAGGUUUGUUGUUUUGGUUUUUUUUUUUUGAAGAUAAAAGAUGCUAAAGGAGAGCUUUCAUGGAAGGUAGUGGCUACUAGAUGAUCUGCUUCUAAUAGCUCAUCCUACUGCACGUUCCAGGAGAGCUGCAGGUCUAGUGUCUGUGCUAUGAAGGCUUCAUUUCACAUUAGUGUUUGUGGAACCUUGCACUCAAUACUGUAGCUAUUGCAAAAGUCUGAGUUUUUUGUGGUCAGUUUUCUGUGUGUUGUUGGUUUUUUCCUGUCUUGCAUUGUGACCUUUGUUCUGAGGCUGACACGAGGGUUUUUUCUAGAAGGCUGUUCUGCUUCCUGCAUGCCAGCGUGCAUGCAGUCACAUAUGUAUGCAUAGAGGCAUCCAAUGAUUUUUGGAAGCUGAAUGUGAGACGUCUUCAAAAUAGACUUGAUUUGCAGAGUUGGGGCUUGCAACUUGUUGUUCGACUCUUGGAACACUACAUGAAAUUUCUUAAAAACUGGGACACCCCCAACCUAUAAACCUCUGGAAGACUUUGGCCUGAACUUUCAUAGCAACUUUUCUGGCCUGAUGUUUUCCUUUCUGGAAGAGCUCUGAAAAGGCCUAUGUUGCAGGCAGGCAUAGCUGGCUCUGCUGAGGAACAGGGCAGAAGCAGUCUCUAGCUUCAGCUGUGAAAGCCCAGAAAUUUGUAGCAAUGCUUUCCAAAGGAAGGGAGUUGAGGAAAGGAUUCACUCGGAUAUUACUUUGACAGCAAGACUUUCUUCCUCUCCUGUCUGUCCGCUGUAGUGAAAUCUUGGGUUUUCCAUGGAUGUUAUGAAACACCAUUCUGAUGUUUGGGAUGCUGGCUGUCCUUCCCUCACUGAUCUAGCAGCUUCUUUCCUGCAUUAACAUCUACUUUCUUCAUGGAAGGCCUGUGGCAUUGGGGCAUCUUGGGAGGGGUGGUAGUGAAGCUUGAAGCACAGCAUCAGUCGCUUUCUGUCCUUGCAGACUGACUCCUUGUUUAUGUGCUCUUGGUUAAGUUUUAGGAGGAGAGGAUCAUGACUGUAAUGCAAUAAUUAGGGAAUGAAUGAGCAGGGAACUGCCAGCUCUUCCCAAGCACACAACAUAGCACACUUUCUCCCUGCUGGAAAAAACUCAGGGUUAUUUUGGUCAGGGCUCCCUGUUCCACUAGUGAAAGGUCCCCAUGUCCUUAGCUAAUGCUGACCUUCCUUCAUGGCCCGUAACAAACCAUCUUUGUCAUUCCAAGUGAAGCAAGUUCGCCACUAGCUUGUACUGCUGCCAGCCGCUUGGAGAGCAAUGCUGCAUCCCCUUCCACCCUGUAUUUGCUGUAGUCAGAAGGCUAGAAGCUGAGGGGCUAGACUUAACCCCCAGGUUUCCUUCUACUCGUGCCAAUUUUGUAUUAUCCCCUUUUUUAAAAUAGAGUGGGAAUCUUAUCUCUAAUGAAAAAAAAAAUCUAGGUCACUUUUCAUGUUUUUUAUUAUUAUUAUUUCCUGUGUGACCAGGGUUUGUGUGAGUGGAGGUGUGUGUGCAUCUGGUUGUGUAUUAAACCUGCAGAGUAUCAGGAGAGUAAGCUGCCUGAGAUGCAGUGCAAGCAUCUAUAUCCUCCCUGCUGCAAGCUGUGGUAUUGUCACAGUAUCCUAAGGGCUCACAUUGAUCUUCCUCUGUUCACAUUGCCACAUCUCCUGGUUAAGCUGGUAAAUUCCUCCAGGCACUUGGAAUUUCAAUCCAGGACAAGCUUGAACAUCAUAUAGCAGAAGGGCAAGUUAUUUUCUUUUGUUUUAAUUUCAAAGUUAUAAAAUAAAGUGUUUGGCACAAUUCUGGAAUGCAGGUACCGAAUAGUUCUAACAAUGCUGUGUAAAAUAUUUCUUUUUAUGUUUAAAAUAAAGAGCGAGCCUUUUUGAUU